AUGCCUACAAGAAAAUGGUGCAUACAUUCAGAAAAGGUAAAACGAACAAAUGUCAUUUUAAAAACUUUAAUUAAAAAACUUAUUGAUAAAAAAAAGGAAAACAAGUUUUUUAAUUGUAUACCUUAUUACGAGUUUUUACUAAAUAAAUAUGGUACACAUAUUAUAUCCAUAGAAGAUUGUUUUAAAUUAUUUUUUUUACAAAAUAGGGACUUUUUCUUUAGUAAGAAAUUGAUGAAUCAUAUAUGUACAACAAUUAGUAAUGCAUCAAUUUUGAGCAUAUUAAAAAUUAAGAAGGAAUAUAUAAUAGAUCAUCUGUAUAACUGUAAUAUUUAUAAAUACAAAUGUUUUUUUCAUAAUGAAUUCUAUCAUUUUAUACACAACAUUUUAUUGCUAUGUUGUAUGCAGUUAUGCACACCUGCUAUUCUUGAAAUAGUUGAUGAAGAACAAAAACAACGUAUAAAAUUGAAAAAUUUACAUAAAUUUUACAGUCCAAAUAAGUAUGUACUAUUAUUUGAUGAGAAAAAUAAAAGCAACAAAAGAAUAUGUAAUAAUAUUGAAUUUUUUUUAAAACUCUAUAGAUGCUUUAGUUAUAAUAAUAUUAGUCCAUUUUCCUUUUUAAAUAAAUACAUCUACCACAAUUUUUAUAAUAUUCCUAUAAACAUUCUGAUAAGAAACUAUAUUAUUUGCUAUCCAAUUUUUAAAGAAGUGCCUAUUUUGUCCUCCUGUAACUCUUCUUUGUUUCAUAAUGAAAAAGUUCCAUAUUUAAAACUUCAUGAGAUAUGUCAGAUGUUAUUUUACUUAUCAAAGAAUAAUUUAAAUUUUUAUUUUGAAUCUUUUCUAAAUAUAUACUUUUACCCCAUUCUCAUAUACACAUUCGGUUUGACAAACACCCACUUAUACAAUUCAGUAUUAUCCUAUUUAAAGGAAGAAAAUGAAGUAACCAAAAUAAAAGAGACACAGAAUAUAGAUAACCUUAUAGUGAGUUUCAUAAAUUACUUAUCAUCUUCUUAUGUUAUCAAAAAUAUUAAAUCAAGCAUUCUAUCGAUCAUGUUGUGCAUCUAUAUAUCUUCUACAUUAUUUCACGCAUUAUACAAACGUCAUUUUGUUUCCUAUAAUUGGUCUAAUUUUAGUACUGUUCAUAAUGUUGAGAGAAAAAUACACAAUUUUGUUUUAGUUACUGGUGAAAGUAUAUCACAUAUCAAUAGUUUAUCUUUUAUGAAGAAAUGCAUCCUUCUAGUAUAUAUAAUAAAUGCAGUUUUUCCUGUGAUAUAUGAGAAUGUAGUAUAUAGUAGAGACAAAUACAAUAAAGAAGAGAUAAAAACAGCCGCAUGUUAUUAUAACAAUAUAUUGCAAAAUUGCAUAAAAAUUUAUAGCCAUAGAUACAACAAUACCACGUACAGAAGUAAUAAGACAAUACAUCAUACUUAUGCUGAUAGUACAAUAAAACAGAUGGACAUGACCGCAAGUCAGAACAUAAAGUAUUUCACAACAGAAUUAUUUUCAAAAAAUAAAAAAUUUAAUUUUCUUAAUUUUGUGAAGCUUCCUUUUUUGAAAGCUCUUCACUAUGAAAUAUUCCUGUACACGGAAUGUAAUAAAAAUAGUCAAAUUGUUAACAUAAAAAAAUCAUUAUUAGAAAAUGAAAUAUUUUAUUUCUUACAACAAUAUGUGCAAAAGACGAUCCCAAAUUAUAUAUGCCAAAGGGGUACUCAUAACGCAUCCGCGUUUUUUACAAUAGAUAUACAAAUAUUAAAAAGGACAUAA